AUGUUUAAUACAUCUGAUAGCAUAACAAAGAGAAUUACAUCUAUACAAUUUGGGCUUUUUGAUCCAGAUGAAAUAAGAAGGGGUUCUGUGUGUCAGAUAAUGCAUUCGGAACUUAUGGAGUCUGGUGUACCAAAAGAUGGUGGUUUACUUGAUCUGAGAAUGGGUACAAUAGAUAAACAGUUUAGAUGUAAGACAUGUGGUUGUAAUAUGUUUGAGUGUGUUGGUCAUUUUGGGCAUAUUGAAUUAUGUAAACCAAUGUUCCAUGUGGGUUAUAUCAACAGUGUAAAGAAAUUGUUAGAGUGUAUUUGUUUCUAUUGUUCAAAUUUGAAAGGAAAAAUUCCAAAGAACAUCAAAUCAUUGGAUGAAGCAUGGGAACUACUAAAGAACAAAUCUAUAUGUGGGAGAACAAAUGCAAAAGGGGAUAAAAUAGGAUGUGGAUGUAAACAGCCUAUCAUUCGUAAAGAAGGACUUUUCUUAGUAGCCAUAAUGAGAAAUUCUACAAUUGAUGGUGAAGGCAGAGAACGUCUUUCUGGAAAAUCAGUUUGGAAGAUUUUCAAGAAAAUUAAAGAAGAAGAUUUUGAGACUUUAGGAUUUAGUGCUAAAAAUUCUAAACCUGAGAAUCUUUUAUUGAGUGUGAUACUUGUUGCUCCUCCUUCAGCAAGACCUUCUGUUCUUUCAAGAGGAUUGAGAUCUGAAGAUGAUAUUACGUAUAAGUAUACUGAUAUCAUAAAAAGUAACGGGUAUUUGAAGAAAUAUGAAAUAGAGAGUGUUCCUAAACACGUUGCAAAUGAUUAUGAACAACUAUUGCAGUAUCACAUAUUUACACUUAUGAACAACGAGGUCAGUGGUAUUCCUACAUCUACCCACAGUAGUGGAAGACCUCUUAAGUCAAUUACUUGUCGAAUUAAAGGUAAAGAGGGAAGAAUUAGAGGUUGUUUGAUGGGUAAAAGAGUUGAUUUUUCUGCACGUACUGUAAUUACUCCUGAUAGUAACAUUGAACUUGAUCAAAUUGGAUUUCCUAUUAAGUUAGCUAAAAUUUUAACAUUUCCUGAAAAAGUAACACCAUUUAAUAAUCAAAAGUUACAAAAAUGUAUUAAUAAUGGUCCAACUGAAUAUCCAGGUGCUAAUUAUGUAAUCAGAACAGAUGGACAGAAGAUUGAUUUAAAAUAUAAUAGGCAUGAUUUGCAGCUUGAAAUUGGAUCUAUUGUUGAAAGACAUUUACAAGAUGAUGACGUUGUUCUCUUCAAUAGACAACCUUCACUUCACAAAAUGUCUAUGAUGGCUCACAGAAUUAAGGUAAUUAACAGUAAAACUUUUACUGUAAAUCUUAGUGCAACUACUCCUUAUAAUGCAGAUUUUGAUGGUGAUGAAAUGAAUGUACAUGUACCACAGACUUAUUUAACCAAGGCCGAGCUUGUUUAUCUGGCAUCUGUAUCUAGGCACAUUGUUUCUCCACAAAGUAACAGACCUGUAAUUGGUUUUGUUCAAGAUACCUUAUUAGGAAUAAGAUUAAUUACUUUAAAAGAUACAAUGUUUACAAAAAGAGAGGCAAUGAAUUUAUUCUUUGCUAAUGGUAUUGAUUUCAAUAUUAAACCUGCAAUAAUGUCACCCGUAGAAUUAUGGACUGGAAAACAACUGAUUUCCGAGUUAAUACCUAAGAUUAACUUUUUUAAGGCAUUAGUUGAUAAUGAUGAUGUGUUGGUUUUAAAUGGUAUUUUGAUUUCAGGUGUACUGGAUAAAUCUAAUUGUAGUUCUGGACAGGGUGGACUUAUACAUAUAAUUUUUAAUGAUUUUAAUUAUUUAGAAGCCAAGAGGUUUAUUGAUAGAAUGCAAAGAAUUAUUGGUUUUUAUAUGUUGCAUUACAAUUCUUUUUCUGUUGGAAUUGGAGAUUGUUUGGUAGAUGAACAAAUAUUGAAUGAUUCUAAAAAAGUUGUUAAUAAAGCUAUUGCUGAUGUCGAAGACACAAUUACUGAUGCUAAGAAGGGGUUGCUUGAGAACGCACCAGGAUUAUCAUUAUUUAAUACCUUUGAAAGUCGUGUGAAUGUUAUUCUUAAUAAAGCUAGAGAUUUUAAAGGAACGUUAUCUUCUAGAAAUAAUUUGAAUGAAAUGAUACAGUCUGGAUCGAAAGGUUCUAGAAUUAAUAUGUGUCAGAUUACCUCAUGUGUGGGACAACAGAACGUCGUUGGUAAGAGAAUUAGUUUUAGAUUUAAGCAAAGAGCACUACCGCAUUUUCAUCGUUUUGAUUAUUCAGCAAUCCCAUGUGGAUUUGUACUUAACUCCUAUCUAACUGGUUUGCAACCUUAUGAAUUUUUCUUUCACGCUAUGGGAGGUCGUGAAGGUAUUAUUGAUACAGCUAUUAAAACUUCAGAGAUUGGGUACAUUCAAAGAAAGUUAAUUAAGACUAUGGAAGAUGCUAAAGUUUUAUUUGACUAUUCUGUUAGAAAUGCUUAUGAUAGCAUUUUUCAGUUUAAGUAUGGUGAUGAUGGAUUUGAUUCUAAAAAAUUAGAAUCAGUUAUAAUUGAUCGUAGUAAUAUGAAAGAAAGAUUUUUUAUUGAUAUGGUUGUUGAUUUAAAAUAUGAAAUUAAAGAUGUGCAUCCUGAUGUUUAUAGCUGUUUUAAGAAUGAUGUUGAAUUACAAAAAAAGCUUGAUGAUGAGUAUAAUUAUUUAAUCAAUAAUAAUUAUACUUCCUACAUAACACCUGUUAAUAUUCAAAGAUUGUUAAAGACUAAGUACACCAAUAACCCUAAAGAUAAAGGUAAUAUCAAUGAUCCAUUAAGUCCGUUUGUAAUUCUUGAGGUACUUGAUUCUUUUGCAUCUUUAUACCAAGAUAAUCCAGCACUUGUAUAUUACUUGAGAUACUCACUAGCUGUCAAAGAAACUAUUAAAAUGUCUAAAACAACUUUUGAAUGCUUAAUUGAUGAUAUUAACAAUAAGAUAGUAUCUGCUCACAUAUCAUUCUAUGAAAAUGUUGGUACUCUUGCAGCACAGUCAAUAGGACAACCUGCUAUUCAGAUGACAUUGAAUACCUUUCACCUUGCGGGAGUUGCAUCUACCAUUACAACUGGUUUGCCUAGAUUAGCAGAAAUAAUUAACUUAUCACAUAAACUGAGAACACCAUCAUCUAUUAUCUAUUUAAAGACAAAUACCAUUGAUGCAGCUAAAAUUACUAAAAAUAACAUCGAACACUUGUUGAUUAAAGAUUUCUGUAUAGAAAGUAAUAUUUUAUAUGAUUUUAAAGUUAAUAGUACCGAUAUUGCUGAAGACUAUGAUUUAGUUACUGGAUACUUUGAAAUGCCAGAUGAUACAAUUGAUUAUAAUUCUUUAGGCCCGCUAAUAUUUAGAUUUGUUCUAGAUCGUAAUGUGUUAGUAUCACGUGGUGUUCAAAUAGAAAUGUUAGUAGAUGAAAUUAACUUCUUUUUUAAUAAGUUGAAUAUUAAAACUCAUAUCAUUCAUUCUGAGAAUUAUGAUGAAAAACUAGUUAUUAGAAUUAGAUUUAUUAAAUCUAACGAACCCUGGGAGUUUUAUCAAAAUACUAUGGAUUUGUUGCUUAAUCACUACAUAUCAGGUAUUAGAAAAAUUAAAAAAGCUUAUUUAGUUCAGGGAAACAAUGAGUGGUAUUUACAAACUGAUGGUAUUAAUUUCAUAGAUACUUUAUCUUUUGAAAAUGUAGAUGCUGAGAGGUCAAUGGUUAAUGACUUUAAUGAAAUCUAUGCUACACUUGGUAUUGAAGCAGCAAGAGAGUCUAUUUUUAGAGAAAUCAUACAAGUCAUUGAAGGGAAUGGUUCUUAUAUUAACUAUAGACACAUUGGUUUACUUUGUGACAUUAUGACAUCCUGUGGUUUUUUGACUGGUAUUACUAGACAUGGUGUGAGUAGAGCUGUCAAGACAGGUGCCCUUAAUAGGUCAUCAUUUGAACAGCCAGUUGAUGUUUUUCUUAAUACUGCAAUUAAUGCUGAGUUUAAUGAAGCUAAGGGAGUAUCUGAAAAUGUAAUGAGUGGUCAGCUCGUAAACUGUGGAACUGGUGCUGUUGAAAUUUACUUGGAUUUUGAUAAGUUAAAAGAAUUUAACAAGGAUGAGGUUGAUGAUGAUAGCUUUGAGGGUGCUUUAGAUCAGAUUAAUGCUCCUGAUAUUGAUUUUAUUAGCAAUUCAUCUGCCUUUUAUAGUGAAUUUACAGAUAUGAACACAAUGAAAGGAUUUUCACCCGAUUAUAGUGCCAAUGCUCCAUAUUCAAUGACUUUGCAAUCAACCACUGCUCCUUAUAAUUCGGCAACUUUCAGAGCAGAUUCAUCAACAUUUAAUCCGACGUCUAAUAAUUUCAAUAUGGUUGGUUCUAGCCGAGCAGCAUAUUACAAUCCUUCAAUAAGAUCUAAUUUGUCUCCUUAUCAGUCUAGAAGUGUUGGUGACAUUAUGUAUGGUAGUGGUAAUCGAUCAACUUAUGAAAAUAGAUCAUCAUAUGGAAGCUCUCCAGCAGCUAAAUUUAGUGGUUUAAGCAGUAAUAGAUAUCGUCCAUCAUCAGGUAGUCCAGGUAGUUCACCUUAUGCUAAUAAUAGCAGUACUGCUUAUUCUCCAGGAUAUCUAGGAUACAAUCCUGAUAUAGAUUAUAAUAACAGUUAUUCACCUGGUCACUACUCACCUGGUUCUUACAAGAAAGACAGUGAAGAUAAAUAA